AUUGCUCUUUGCAGUUACAGAAGCGAGCUUACAUGUUACACAAAUAAUUGUCGAUUUGGAUGUGCUUGGUGCGCAUAUCUGCAUUGAUCAGUGGAGUCCCAUGGCUCAGUCACGCUGCUGACAUAAGAAGGCCUGAAACGCACCAAACCCCCUCCGUCAUUCCCUUUCUCUGCCAUCUUGCAGGUAAAGUUGCCAGGGGUCCCAGUUUGAGAAAGUGGCCAAACCCUCCCACAGUGGGAUGUUUUCUCUGCUGCACUCUGGGCUGGUUUCUAUUCAAAUGUGGGUCAGGGGUGAGGAAGCCUAACGUCAUAAGCUUGCAACAUGGCGUCCCGAAGGCUGUGAGAUGAGCAAGAGGAUGGUAAAGAACGCUUGAGAACGAUCCUACCGAUGUAAUAAGCUUCAGGUGGUGUUCGUGUAGGAAGAGAGAGAAGGAAAGACGGAAGGAGGAAAUGGAACUGCCAAAUCAUGCCAAACAACUGCUGCUGCAACUCAACCAGCAGAGAGCCAAGGGCUUCCUGUGUGAUGUUAUCAUCGUGGUGGAGAAUGCGCUCUUCCGUGCCCACAAGAACAUCCUGGCGGCAAGCAGCAUCUACUUCAAAUCUUUGGUCCUCCACGAUAACCUCAUUAACCUCGACACAGAGAUGGUUAACCCUUCUGUAUUCAGACAAGUUCUGGACUUCAUCUACACUGGGAAGCUCCUGUCCUCAUCAGACCAGAGCAGUGAGCAGAACUUUAGUGCCCUCUUAACCGCAGCCAGCUACCUCCAGCUCCAUGACCUCGCUGCUCUGUGCAGAAAGAAGCUCAAGCGCAGUGGCGGGAAACCUCUGCCAGGUAAACCCUCCACUCCAGGUCCCCUUAGCCGCUUACGCCUCAACAACCAGCGCCUUUCCUCUUCUACCCCUGCUGGCCCCAACAACCACUAUCCUCCAACCCCUUCCGAUGCCGACCAACCACAGCCAGAUGAAGGCCUUCGGGACAAGCUCUCAGACGAUGAGAUGUUUGUUGGCAGCUCUGGGAAAAACGGGAAUGGGGGCAACGGCAGCAGUAACGGUAACCUCAGCAGUGGAGGAAGUGCUGGGGAGCCAGACCUUGGACUAGACCUGUCCAAGAAGAGUCCUCCUUCUGCGGGCACAGCCACUGAUGCCCUCAGCCCGCACAGCAACUCCCAAGAAUCCCCUCAAUCUGCCUCAGUAUCCACAACCAACAGUGCCUCACUGGACGACUCUUCUACUACCCUACCAGGUGGUGACACCUGCGCCUCAGAGACCAUGGAGCUCAAUUCCUCCUCUAAAACUUCAGAGGAAACUCAAAACCAGCCUGAUGGGCCUCCACCCCAGAAAAAAUCCCGGCAGUGUGCUCGCAAGAAUGAAUGGCCUAAGAAGGAGGCUUCAGGGUUGAAGUCUGAAGAUCACGACAGGCCCCUGGUCAAUGGUGUGAUUGUGGGUCCUAAAGAUGGCCGCUCCUGUGGGAUUGGAGGGGCCAGUGGUAGCAGCUUUGCAUCUGACCAGUCUUUCCAGUGUAAAGAUGAGGAAGAAGGAGGAGAGAACGGCCAGGACCACAGUGAGGAAAGUGGUCAAAGUGAUGGGGAGAGUGCAGGAGGUGGAGGAGGAACAGGAGGGGGACACCACAGCGCCAACUAUGUGUACAGGCAGGAAGGUUUUGAGCCAGCAUUCGGAGACAACCUCUAUGUGUGCAUUCCCUGUGGCAAAGGCUUCCCCAGUUCAGAGCAGCUCAACGCUCACGUAGAGACACACACUGAGGAUGAGCUCUACAUCAAAGAGGAGGGAGGGACUUUUGUGAAAGAGGAAGAUGAGGAGGAGGCUGAGGACCUCUCUGCCCCUGUAGGUCCCUCCAGCUUUGGCUCUGAAACACGUCCGUUCAAGUGUACAGUCUGCAGUAAGAGCUACAAAGACCCAGCGACGCUGAGACAACAUGAAAAGAGCCACUGGCUGACCAGGCCCUUCCCCUGCAACAUCUGUGGCAAAAUGUUCACCCAGAGGGGAACCAUGACACGUCACAUGCGCAGCCACCUAGGCCUCAAGCCAUUUGCAUGUGAAGAGUGUGGCAUGCGCUUCACACGCCAGUACCGUCUGACAGAGCACAUGCGUGUCCACUCUGGAGAGAAGCCGUACGAAUGCCAGCUAUGUGGGGGGAAGUUUACCCAGCAGCGCAACCUCAUCAGUCACCUGAGAAUGCACACCUCACCCUCUUAGAAAUGCAUCAAGCCAAAGAACUCUGGGAAUAGAAAAAAAAGAAACAUUUCUCUACCUUUUUUCCAUCUCAAAAGCAAAGAAAUGCGCACGCACACACACACACACACACACACACACACACACACACACACACACACACACACACACACACACACACACACAUUCACAUGCAGACACACAUAGUUCUACACAUUAAUUCCAGUUUAGCCCCGGCUAACUGAAUGAUGUAGCUGUUAGCCACAACGCGCUCUUGGUGAUGGUGGUAUCUUCAAGUCAUCAUUAAUAUCAAAUGACGUCUGCUCGCCUCUCAGGAGUUCCAGAGGGACGAUUUACUCCUGUCUCUCUCCAAAGUCACGAAGCCAUGGUGGAGUGGCACGACUGCUGGUCUGUUAAAUGUGAAUGUGGGUAUUGAUGUAAUGUCAAGCCCCCUCACCUCAUACCCUUCAGCAGCCUUCCUCUGUUCUACCUUUGAGCAUUGAAGUCUUUGAGUUUUUCAGAUUGUUACUCAAGCAGAUGAACUGAAGAGGCCCCUCUCUACUCCAGAGCUAUUUUGACCAAAAAAAAACCCGUGCAAACAAUACUGGCAAUAAUUCAGCAAAAAGAUUAUUUUUACCCUGACAGCUUUAUAUCCUACGUUAUGUUGGUGAUGGGUAUCUGUAUGUAAGAGGAGGGGUAACUGGGUUUGGGACCAUCUCCAUGCUUUAACUGAAAGUCCUGAAAGAAGGUUCAUGUUGGGAUGACAUUGGAUCAAGUUUUAGUUUUAACAGAUGACAAAUAUUCUAAGUCCCCUCUACAGCUUUUUGCGUCAAUGUAGAGACGGUUUUCAUUGUUUUCAGUUUUUUGCCUGCUAGUGCUGCCAGGAGUGACUCCUGGUUGGAAAGAUGAACCCAUUGAGGUACUUGUUUUACUUAAAGAACUUGUAAUGUUUCAGUGAAUGUUAAAACUGGAAGGUCUUGGGAUGUUUCUUGUGGAGGGGAGGGUUUUGGGAGGGUAGUUUAAUGGGGGUAGGGAGAGGGUGUUUUAGACUGAACUUUAUGCUCAGUUGGUACGUUUAUUUUUCUGUCUGUAUAGCUUUCCUCCCCUCAGAAAAAAAGAAAAGUCUAUUUAUAUAGGCUUGUGACCUCGCUACCUCUGAUUACUCUUACGAAUUCUAUGUUGAUUAGUUGAAAGUUCCUAUGUAAUUAAUUGUAAAAGUGUGUAGAUUAUGGUAACUUUUCACCUAAUGCUUUAACCUGCCCAUCUCUCAACACAGGUUUUUGAUGCUCAUAGAUUUUACACAUUAAUAUUAUUUUUAGCUGUUGUUUGUACUUGUCAAAUAUAGCUUUUUCGGGCGCCCUGUUCAUUGUGGCCCCACUUCAAAGUGUACUGUAGCUUCCUGCCUGGAGCAAGUAGUGCUUAGUUGGUUAGUUUAGAUGUAUAGUGUUCCAAAGAUCUUAUGAAUGUUGAGGAGAACAGAGCUAACUAACAAACAUUGCUAGACAAGUUCAUAACCAAAGUUUAAAAAAGAUGUACUUAAGAUAUAUAGCAUACUAAAUUAUUUCACUUUUAAUUUUCUUUUUCCUGUAUAAAACAAAUUAUGAAUUAUAUUCUAAGUCCAGGCGAAGAAGUUCACUCUUUUGAUGGAGUUUUGGCCAAUGACUCUGAGACUGACGAAGAUUCUUGUGGUUUGCAAGGAAAGCUUGUGCUGAUUGGUGGGCCGGUAUAAUGUAAACUUUACCACCUGACGAAAAACUGGUAAAGUUUAAAGACAUGUUCCCUGAAUGUGUUUUUUUGUUUCUUUUCGUUUGUAUCCAGAGUCCUUAUCACUUUAUAUUCCCUGACUUUAAAAACAGGACUUGAUGACAUUUUAUGUGUUCUGUUCAGACCAAAAAACAAGAAAGGAGAAAAAAAAAAAGAUAGGAAUUAUAAUCAGAAUUUUAAUGUGAAGUUCAAGUUGCUUGUUAGUUUUGUUUUGGGUUUUUUUUUGAGCCAGACUUGUGAAAACUUGUAAUAAGAAGGGAGAAGCAGAGAUGCACUGGACAACUCAAUGGUCUCCUGCAGCAUCCUUUUGUUUCUGAUUGUAUUCCAUUAUAUGACAGAAUGACUUUAAAUUAUUUUUAAACUAUUUUAAGCUUUACCUCAUCAUAAGCAACCACAAGUUGGGAAUGCCCCCUCUGUUGUCUGUAGGUUUCACUGAAACCUGUCCAGUGUAUCGACUCUUAACAGUUACACUGUGGAGCAUGAACCUUCACUACAAGUUUUUGGUAUAGGCAUUCCUCUGUUAUGUUGGUUUAACUGUCCUCUUGAUCUUAUUUUUUAAUUCCUCUUUCAUCCUCAUGUUAUGGUCUGUGAAAUGUUUAUCAUAGGGAUGCAGCUACAGUUACACAAACAUCACUACCGUUUUAAGGUACCUGCGUCCUGGACUCCCAGAGUUGUGAGUUACUUGGUUUUGUUGGAUGUCGGUGUCUUGCUGUUGAGCAGUUGCUGUUUAGUGAUUGCAUGGUACAUCUGAUUUCUUCACACUCCCCCCCCCCCCCCCCCCCCCAAAAAAAAAAAACAAAAAAACAACAACAACAACAAACCACAAACAUGUUAUUUAUCGCCUGAUACAUUGUUGCUUGUGACCUCUUCUAGCAUAAGAGGGAGUCCACAAUGCAUUGCCUUCAAACGUUAUUGUACUUGUCAGCACUUCCUGCAGUACAGCGUAAAGUCUGUAAUGCAAACAGUGUUUUUGUACAAGAUCUCUAGCCAUCUCUGCAAAAGAUUUUGCAGCUGCAUUUGAAUGCUUGCUUGACAUAACGAAGAAAGAAAAAAAAAAAACUACGAACUCCAAACUGUGACCAUACUACUACUACUAUUACUACUGCUACUACUACUUGUACUACUACUAUUCAAAUACUUCAGGGAUUGUUCUGCAUCUGUGAAUGCAGGCUCUCAGCUACAUUUGUAAGAUAUAGCAUUGUAUCAAUUUCUCUGUAUUUUAAUCAUGGGAAAAGCAAAACACUAGUUUCAUAUUUAAGACGAACAGGGGGGUACUUUUUCAACUAACACAAAAAGCCUUGACAAAGGCGAGGCAGCUCGAAACAAGUCUACAUUUUAGUUAGUUACACAGUAUGUUCAGAAAUAGUUGCAAAGUUGUACAAAGAACUAAGAAGAAAAAAAGCUCAUACCCAAAUCCACAAACUAUUUUUUAAACCAAAGCACAUUUGAAUGAUUAUGGAACCAUGUGUGGCUCUAAAAAGAAACAUAUGUAUUUAUCUCAUUGUUUACAUAAACUUUUACAGUUUUACAGACCUCAGUCGAGGCUCGGCUAACCAGGGAGGUGGGUUUUGUGUGUUUUUUUUUUUUUUAAAAAGGCAAUGCUUUUCCACAGAAGUUGCUGCCAAAACAAAAGCAUAGCGUUAAAGAUGGGGUGAACUACUGCAUAUUCAAUUAAGUGGAGGGUGUAUAGUUUCGGGGCACUCCCUCCCCAACUUCCCCUCCCUGCCAGCUGGCUUUGGGGUGACCCUGCGCCCCAGUGCGCCUGCCCUCUGGCCUGUCUUCAGAUGGGACCACAGCGAUGGGGGGUGGACGAGCAGUGUGUCCUUGACGUAUCAAUCAAAAGGCAUUGUUAGUCAAGGUCUUUAGCUCAAUGUUGUGUCUCUGUGUUUACCCAAAUGCACUUGAGGACUGCCUCUGCUGCGUGGGUCUCUUAAGAUGUAGGAGUGGGUGGGUGAUGCUUGAAUGGUUCGGCUGGUUUUAGUCGUCUAACAUGGUACAUCUCUUAUGCUGGCGGUUCUUGAAACCUAUCUGGAGAAUGUAGCUUUUGAUUUGUUCACUGCAUGUAAACAGGCUUCUCUGGUAGUCUUAACUGUGAAUGUUAUUGUUGUGUUUUUUUUCUGCUUUUAUGAUGGUUUGAAACUUUUUUUUUUAGCUACUGUGUUUUGUGGGUAAAAGCAGCACAAACCUCUGGCUGGCCGAGCCUCAAACAAAGUUGGUGCAAACACUUAUUGACAGUGUUCUUUUUUUAUCAAAUGUCUAUUGUCAGUGAUGAAUGUAUUUAUUUCUGGGCCUGCCCUCACCUCUUCAAAGAAUUUGCUCAGUGUGUGAGACUGAGGUGGAGGCAGGACCCCCCUUUUUUGUUUUAUUUUUGUUUUGAGGAUUUCAAGCUGAGAAUCAAAAAUGAGACACAAAACAUAGCCAUUAACCACAAUCUGUGAAGUUGACCUUUUUUGUGGGAGAACUGACUUUAUUUUUUCCAACUCAAAGAAAAUGGUCUAUGGCAUUUAUUAUCUUCUCAGUUAUACCUGACAGUCUGUAGGGUUUUUAUUUCAUGUAAUUCACUAUGGGUGUUUUUUUGCCCAUGCGUUGCUGAGUUCUCGCUGAACGACUGCACACUGGGGGAGUUGAACUUUCACCUCUUGUGUGUGUCUGUGGAUGCAGGCAGGACACUGUCACUGCCUGUGCAGAGCGGAGACUACUGUAUCUUUUCAAGCUUGCUCUCCCUGGGUGUUGCCAUGCUGCUGACAUGAAAGGAAAAAAAACAUUUACACAGCAGAAACAUGCACAUAAUCCACACUUCGCUCCUCUGAACAGUAGUGUUCUCCUCUUGACUAUUGUUACAUUUCUUGUCUUAAACCACUCGCCACUUCUUCCAUCUCUUUUACACGAUGUUCAAGUUUUUAGUUUCUGUUAGUUCCACAUUGGAGGAUUUUAGAAAGGUUGGAUGAGAUAGCUUUACUAAGUGCACUUUGUAUGUUUUCCAAAGCCUCUGGAAAAGAACCCGGAUGCUCUCAUAUCAGUUCCGAUUUAACUGACGGUUUACUCUUUGUCUUUCUCUUCUUACCUCAUCAUUGUUGCUGUGUUUGUUAAAAUAUCAUAUCAUUAUGCAGUGUUAAAAAAGCUUUAAAAUCACAUAUACAAAGCAGGAAACUCAACCGAGAAACUGUGCUCGGCUCCAGGCGUUCAAGUUUCCAUCUCAUUUCUUGGUAUUAUUGUUGUUACACCUUUUCGCGGUUGUUACUUCUACUAUCCUCUCCAGGCAUUUUGUAUUGUAGAGGGGCUGGUCUGUCUAGCUGUUAUGGAGAUGCUCCUUCUUACCUCGGCAGACUAAACCAAAGCCAGUUUUAAAAUGGCCUCCAGUGCCAUUAAACCCUGCCUAAGCUUUAUUGUCCCUUGCGUUAUCUCAGAUACACCUGACCCCUGCUUUAGCCCUUUGACCCUCUGUAAUCUUUGUUACUGCGGAGGAGGACUGUAUCCUCUGCUCUGCUGCAUUUUUUUUCCAGUAUUUACUGUACCUCCAGUGACAAUGUACAGUAGUGACAAAAAACAGAAAACACCAAAUUACCUCAAAAACUUUCAGUGUUUACAGAAAUGUGCUAUCUUGCCAUUACAUGUAUACUUUUUUGCCGUCCAUCUGUAACCAAAAUAUCCUUUUUGAAUUAGUUUAGAGCAGCGUAUCUUCAUACAUAACUUCUCAUUUACUUAUGUUUAUGAAUCUGUAAAGGCACAGUGUCACCUUGAUGUGCACUACAUUAAUGGAAAGACAUAAUUAGCUGCUAAAAAAAAAAAAAAAAAACUACUUGAAGAGUUGAUUAGUGGAGCUGCCCAUGAAGCGGGUGUAUCGAGCUUCCUCUCUGGUUUUCUUCAGGAUCAGCCACUCAAUAAUGUAUCAGGAUCCAUGGGCUGAGAGGCUCUGGAAUGGACAUGCAGGGUCUUUGCUAAUGAAUAAUUAAAGGCUAGAAGCCCUCCCCCUUGGCAAACAGACUUCACAUGCAAAGGUGUGCACGCCCAGGUGCACUUUUGAUGGCAUGUAUGCGCGUAAACCUCCACCAGUGCAAACAUGGAUGCCACCGUCUAGACUUCAAACACCACCUAACACGCACACACCAGUAUUUAAGGGGAAAUUCGCUGACCCUUUUUGUGGCUUUUGGCAGCACCCAGGCUGGGCUCUCUCUUUAUCUCCACUCCUCCUCAGAGAGCUCGUAUUCAGGUCAGAGCCGCCACCGUGCAUAGCGAUGGGGCUCGCAAACUCAAAAGUGUCAUAAAAGUGUAAUACAGCUGACCUCAGCACUCACAACCUUGCAGUCUUAAUGUACAGCAGUGAGGAAAAAUAAACUGUUAUUUUAUGAUCUUUUCAUUAAAAGCUUGAUUGAAAACCAAAA